CAAGCGACUAGAACCGCAAGACCAACAAAACGAAAAGAGACGUAUGUAAACAAAACUCAGUAAGAACUUACAACAACAAAGCAAUAGGAACCAACACCUCUUUCUUCUUCCUUUUUCUUUUCUUUUCUUUUUUCUUCUUCUUUUUUUUUUUUUUUUUUUUUUUUCGUUUUUAUUUUCAUUUCAGUAAGUGAUUCUGCGCAAGCGUGAUAACUAUUGAUGCUCACUUGGACAGCAACACUUACGGAGUAAAACGGAGGGAAUCGUGGAGUACCGAAGCGGAAGAAAGUAAAAAAGAAAAAAAAAAACAGUAUGAACACAGAAAUAUCAACACUGCAACUCUAAAAAAUUUGAAAAUGGCUAACAUGUUUUCGCUAUUGUUUCAACUACUUCUUUCUCAUUAUUUAUAACUUUACAGAAAUAUCUGUACGGUUCUGAAUCUUCUUCGCAUAUUUGUUUUUCUAUAUAUCACCAUAUUCAAAACAAAGCAAAACACAAAAAAGAACAAAAAAGUAAAAAGAAAAAAAAAGCAGCCUCUCUUUCACAGUUUGAUUAUCCUUUCCUUCCGACAUUGUAAUGGCUUUUUUAACUUCAUGUCCGUUUUACAAUGUCUAUUUAAAGAUGGCAUGAUAUGUUUUGUCUUGUUACAGAGGAAACAGUUUAACACAUCUAAACAACUUCUCUCAGUUAAACACCUUACACUCCGAUUCACUAAACACACAUACAGACAAGCAAAACAAAAAAGAAAAUAAUGUUUAACGUUUAAUCUAUUAUACACCGAAUAAUAUUCCCUUCCGUCUUGUCUGUCAAACACCUCCUCUUUCUUUUAUUAAAACAUCUGAUCUCGCAAACAAUUGUCAUACAAUUCACGUUUAACACACUACAGUUCUGCGAUAUGACAGAGCAUAUACUCUGUACUAUGUACUAUGUCAGACAUCUACCAUAUGCUUUUUAAACACAUGUUGUUGCUUACACAUUCUUGAACAUUGUUAUCAGUCAAAGAUAUGUCUACAUUGUUUCAAGGCAUUACUAUGUCUCAUUCUCUGAAUGAAUCCAUGUCUUAAUAGUCUUUGCCAAAAGCCAAACGUUCUCUGCAUAGCUUUAUACACCAAGCAUGACACCUUCCAACGACAAUAUUUAAACAGUUAAUGUUCCAAGCUGUUCAACACAAAUAUCACGCCCACACACACACACCCCACUAAUAACAUUAAUUUCAAACACUCUAAGUAACACAUCCAACCGAUGACACACGCGACUCAUCUCAGCUGUUCGGAUAUUUGUUAGUUUGUUUUUUUUUAAUUCAUUCUCAUGAUUAUCAUUAUGGCUGGUGCACGUGGAUACACAGUUGCACAUUGGUAGUAGUAUCGCUGUCAUUUAUAGAGUACUAAGGAAGUAACACUGGAGUACCAACACCUCGUUUGAGCUCGUAUAUGAUCUAAAAGACACGGAUUACUAAAACAACAUCUUCUAUGCACUCUUAUUAUAUUUGAUGUGUAACAACUGCCGCAACAAACAACGGUAGCAGUAAUAGAGUGCCAACUUCUCCAGGAGCAACAAGUACCAAAUUUAUCCAUCAGCAUAACGUCUACAACAGCGGCAGCAGCAGCAGCAGUAGUUAUAACAACAACAACAACAACAAAACGAGGAAAACAGUAGUGACACCUAUUACAGCAACAUCAAAAGAAGUGAUAUUAAUAAACACGUGACAAUCACUAACAUAGCAUCGACUUUCCCAGGAAGAAAACCCAUAUAUCCGACGACAACAGUUCCGACUGCUAAAUCACCAUUACUACCAGUAACAGCAAAAUAAAAACUACAACAGUACCAGUACAAACAACGAUUGUUACAACAACAACGACAAUACCAAUAAAGAAUAAUCAAAAGUUAUAAUUAUAAUUAUAAUUAGAAGAAUAAACUAGAAGGAUUAAUGACAAAGACACGACACAAUUAAAAUAGAAUGUAAUGUCGAGAGAGAUAAAGAUAGCUGAAGAUGGCAAGCAGUGCCGGAAAGUCGGACGAAAUUAAAACAAGAUGAAUGGUACGGAAUAUAUGUUGUAAACACGAAUAGUUUGGAAUACUAAUAAAAACAAGAGAAUGUUAAUGGAAUACAUCGUAUAUACAAUGGGGAAAAUAUGAGGAAUAUCUUUAAAAUAAAUGGAAUUUGUUUAAUGUGUACCGUUUGGAAUACGCCAUAGAUACAAUGCCUGAAUCGAAGAGGAGUAUUUUUUUCUUCUUUUUCUUAUUGUGGAAACAAGGACUGCAAACUGAAGAAUAGCAAGCAACAACAAUAAUACCAAUAGUAAAGCUUACAGUUAUAGAAACAAUAUUAGUCACAAUAACAACAACAGCGACAACAACAACAACAACAACAACAACAGAGGCCGUGAUAACCUGUGGUACCAGCGGGGAUAAUAACAAUGAUAACUACGUCCUCUGCACAACGUUUGCAGUUAGUAAUGAUAGUAAUAACAGCACAGAAGCCACGACAGUAAUAACAACAGAAACAAGAACAAGAACAACAACAACAACAACAACAACAACAACAACAACAACAACAGCAACAACAACAGCAACAAAAACAACAAUACUAAUAACAACAGCAAUAAUAACGUCACCACGAGAAAAAGCUCGUAGGAAUAAUAUCAGUAAUAACAGCAGCAAUAUCAGAGGUGAAUGACAGUAGCGGUAAUAACAGCAACAGCUGUGACAACAAUAAAUAGCAGCAGCAGCGGGAAUGACAACGACGGCGUAAUACCAACAUGGCCGGACUAACGACACAGUUGACAUGUGUAGUUGUUGUUUAGUCUCGGGGUCAGCUGUGAUCAAGCAUACUUAUUAUCAAGGGUAUUCUAUCCGUGAAUAUCCUGAAUUGGAUUACAUUAUUUGAUAUAGUACUUCAUUCUUUUUUUUUUUUUGAAAGAGAAAGACGAAAGUUGGAGGAUAUUUGAUUGCUAUUUCUAGCUGGUCGAGUAAACAUGCGGAAGAAAUUCCCUUGUUGGUUCAUAGCACCGUUGAUAGAUGCGUUUGGUAAAGAACACUAAUAAAACAACGACUAUAAACAGCAAUAACAAUAACUGUAUCGUCAGCAGCAGCUGUAGUAACUAUAGCAACAACAACAACAACAAGCUCAGAGACAGCAUCUACAAGAUCACCCCCCUCACAUCGGUAAUAGCAGUAACGACAGACAGAGAGAUACAUAAACAGUAGCAGACAUAUUCAACCGUUCCAAGAGUCGGUAACACUCGCAGCAGAUGAAGAAAUAACAGUAAAAACAACAACAAUAAAGGCAACAACAGCUACAAGAUAACAUGUUGAUAACAAUAACAGGAUCGAAGAAGUGAACAACAGAAAAAAAAAAGAAAAAGGAAGAAAGGACAUCCACGAAUUUCACAAGGAUUGACACCAGACACUGUUAUCAAAAUGACCAAACAAUAAAUCCUUUGACGAACGCCUAACUGGUUUCACUUUUACUUGGAGCUAUUUUAAUGCUUAUAUAUAUAUAUAUACAUUUCUAGACAUUGUCCACAGGCUGGAUUAUAGUCCUUUUAUGUAAUUCGCUGUAUUAUAAGACAUAAUACGAUUGGAGGUCCGGAUUGAAUUAACAAAUCGUCCAACGAAAUAGAGAUUGUUUCAUGGACAUUGUAUAACAAAAAUAAGACAAAAUAUUUACUCGGAUUUCUCUGUUUUACCAAAUAUUGUAUUUAUUCUUACGUGGAUAUGUAUAGUGUAUACCUCUAAAGAAUUGUACAAAUAAUACUCUUCGCAUAUAUAUAUAUAUAUAUAUAUAUUCGUCAAAGAUUACUGCCAUCAAACCAGUCGGAUAUAUUCAAGAGAAAUACGAUACAAGGCAAUGGUCUAAAUGCUGUUCCCUACUUCGGAAACAAAAUCGAACUCAGGAAAAUUUUAUGCACAAAGAAACUCGAAUGGAAUAUUAUAAAGUAAUUGCUAAUAACUGUCAUUAAUUGCUACAACAAUAACUCAUAAAUGGACAAGAAAUAAACAAAACAUUGUGUCCCAUUCAUAAACGAUGCCGCUAUCAAGCGGAAUAUUUCUAGGGGACUCCCUCCCCCUUUGUUCAACGUUGUCUUCAUUAUAUGGACAAUAUCUCGAUGAUCCACGAAGUUACCUUCCUGCUCUAUGUUAUCAACCGUCGGCCGGUUUCGGCAAUCCUGGGUUUUCGUUUGGUGUGCUGACUGAUCCAGAAAAACGAGAACAUCACCAGAAGCCGCCUUAUUCUUACAUUGCCCUUAUAGCAAUGGCGAUCAAAAAUGCACCCGAUCGAAAGAUUACGCUGAAUGGAAUUUACCAAUUUAUUAUGGAACGUUUCCCGUACUACCAUGACAACAAGCAGGGUUGGCAGAAUUCGAUCCGUCACAACCUGAGUUUAAACGAUUGCUUUGUCAAAGUAGCACGGGAAAAGGGAAAACCUGGGAAAGGUAGCUACUGGACCCUGGAUCUAAACUGUGAAGAAAUGUUUGAGAAUGGUAAUUACAGGCGAAGAAAACGGCGGGUAAAAUCGUGUGUAAAACAUCCCCCGAACCAACAGAACCCCCAGCAACACACUUCUCCACAACAACAACACCAGCAUCAGCAAAAUAAAUCUCAAACACCUCAAAGUGAUUCUUCAUUGCAAACAGAUGUACCAUUGUUGCUGUUAAGAUCUUCAUCAUUACCCUCAUCUCAUUCGUCGCAACCAUCUUCUUCUGUCUGUUGUUCCUUAGAAAACAGACUCCAAUGUUCAGAGCCUAUAUCUAAGCUAAAUUCAGCCUCUGAUGUUGGUUGUAACGAGAAUAGUAACGAAGGUGGUUGUGAUUUUGUUGGUUGUGAAGCAAUAUCCGAUAAACUCAGAAUGUCGUCUGCAUCGUCUGUUCAUAAAAAUCAUUUAUUUAAUCCCAUGAAGCCGGUUUCGAUUGAUACAACAUCGUUGUCCUCCUCAAACUCAUUAGCUUAUUCUUCUAUGUCACCAUCUCCAUCCUCUUCGCCAUGCUCACAUAUCAGUUCGCCUUCUCCAAUUAGUCCAACAAAUUCCCCUGACCAGUGGGCUUCCUCAACGUCGAAUUUUAAUCGUUAUCUACAACAGCAACGUCUACACCAAACACAUCACCGACGCCGUGAAGAGAAAGAUAGAAAAGAGAAGAUUCACCUAAAACAAGAAGAGAUGCAAUCAACCAAAAUGGAAAAUAAUUCAACGGAGCAGACGAUGUCUAAGUUGUCCAAUAAUCUUCGGACAUCCCAGCAGGAAAUACCAACGUCCACUUCGCCAAGCAUAGAAGCAGUAGAAACAUCUCAGAUAUCGACACCUGCACCUGAUUCUCCGGGUAUUCAAUGCAGACUCACAAACAGCCAACCGCCGCCACUAAGUGAUAGAGCUGAUGAGUGUCACUCGAGUCACGUGACACCUCAUGCAAGGCAUUCUUUUCAGACAACUAACCAUCAUCGACUGCUGCAGAAAUCGAUGGAAGGUGGAAAUUGCUUUGAAAAUUCUAAUAACCUCACGCCAACCAAUACUUCCUCUGAGCAACAGCAAUUACACGAACAACGACAGCAACCAGAUCAACAACAGCAACAACAACAAAUAAAAAAUAGGAGAAACAAUGAAAGAAACAAUAAUAUAAACGAAGAUAGUUAUUCUAAUGAGAAAAUGGACGCUGAAGAAGAAAGUGACGAUAGGAUUAAUUUACAAAAUAAAGCGUAUCCUGAGCAUUGUAGUAUGAGUAAUAACUUGAACGGAAUUAAUGUCGAUGGUGCCUUACCUAUCUGCCCGACCAGUGCAGACAACGAUUCAGAAAAUGGUGAAGUAAGAGGUUCUACAUUUCAGGCAUCUAUGGGAUAUUUCUGCUCAAAGGAAAUUAGAACGAAUGGGCGAAAUAUUUCGAAAAGGAGGACUUUGAAAACAUUUAGUAUUGAUAGUAUUAUUGGUCAAAAUACGGAGGAAAUAAAUUCUAAAAGUUUCUCUGAUCCGAUAUCAGUUCCUUUCUUGGAUUCCAUGGAUAAAACAGACAGUAGGAUUACGAAAGAUGACACCUGUAACAGUCGUUGCUGGUGUCAAGGUGAUAUAUCCGAAGAACACAUGAGACAGGGAAAUGGUGAUGAGUCUGUGAAUCUACAAAGAACAUCUUUGGCGGGACCAAGACAUAAAAGAGACAUUGAACAGAAACAAUAUGAAGCAAUGUUUAAUAACGAUCAUCGUAGUAUUUUAAAUUGCAACAGAAACCAUGAUAGCGAUGGUGUUGAUAUCACUGCGAGUGACGUCAAUGAUAACAAAAAAGAAUGUGAUGGCAAAAAUAAAAGAAAAGCAUGUGGAUGCUGUGAAAAGAUUCAUUGUAUCAGCUCGCGAUGCUAUGAAUUGCACAUGCAUUAUCACGUCGAUUCUGACAGAAGUAAGUCUUGCAACCAGGUGAAAUCUUCAAGUGCCGCAGAGAGUGCACAGAUGUCCAAGACAAAUUAUGCUAACAGAAAGAAUAAUGUCAAACAGCUGGACGGAAGUGACCAGGAGACAAACGGAGAGAUGACCGUCGAUAUAAAAGAUAACAAGACAGAUAUCUUUGACAAAAUCCCAAGUCCACCACCCAAAAUUGUUGAUCUAGCUUUAUCUAAACCUAUAAGUUUCUCUUCGCGGCUGACCACUGAACUAAACAAUAACCGGUGCCGAGUGCCGUCUUUUGAAUUUGCGUCUGCUUUCUCCAUGGCACCCUCUGUACAUUUGCCGUUUCAUUCGAGCUCGGCCAACGUGACAAGUAAUUCAGCCAUGUCGUCACAUAUGGAACGCAUAUUUGCUCUACGAGCAUGCCAUGCUCCCUUACAGCCAAGUUUUAAUUUCCAACCUCAGAAUGCCUUUGGAAACAUAACGCCACUUUUGUUCCAGUAUUCCACCAGUGCAGCAGCAGCGGCAACAGCAGCAGCAGCCGCAGCAGCAUCUGCUUCCACCUCCCCAGCUUUGACCAACGGUGCAUCGUAUCCAUUUAGGUUUCCACUUUCACUGGACACUAAAAACUGGUCACUUGGCUCAGAUUUUUUACGGAGAAGUGGUCAGCCACUUUAGACCAAACCUAAAAGAACUUCACUUCAUCUGAUGAAGACAUUAUACAGACAGUCGUCAUUCUAUACAUAUAAAUAUAUAUACAUACAUAUCCAUACAAAUAUACAUAUGUACAUAAA